AUGGUCAACCUGAUACUUGACUCAAAUCCUUCUCGGCCUUAUAUCAACUUGUCUCUUUUUUUCUUUCUUUUCUUCUUUCUUUUCGGCAAUCUAAUUUCAUAUCGUUAUCUACCUUGGCCCUUGAUUUUUUUAUCUUUCUUCUUCCUCCUUUUUUAUAUUCAUAUACGUCGUCUUUUUUCUUUUAAGAUUUUUAUUCUCUCUCCGUUACCUUCUUCAAGUCUUAUCACUUCAAUUCAUUCCUUAUUCUUUCCUCUACAACUUUUCCUUUUUACAAUUUUCUUUCAUUCUUUCUUUUCUUUAUAUUCUUGCUUGCUAAUCCUCACUUCCUUCCUCCCUUUCUUCUUUCCGUCCUUCCUUUCCAAUCCUUACCUUCUUUCUUUCUUUGUUUCUUUGCUUUCUUUGCUUUCUUUCUUUCUUUCUUUCUUUCUUUCUUUCUUCACUUCAUACUAUUAUUUCUUUUUCUUUCAUUGUUUCUUUCUUUUUUCUUUCUCUUUUUCGCCUUUUAUAGCAGAAUCGCAAAUCUUUUCAUUCUUCUUUGAAAUUCUCACAUUCACUCUUUCUUUCUUUCUUUCUUUCUUUCUUUCUUUCUUUUCUUUCUUUUAUUUCGAGGAUUUCCAUAACGUGCUUUCUUUUCAUCUCAUUCGUAUUUUUCCUCCUUUUGUUUGUUUCUGUCAUGCUUUUUCUUCAAACCAACACUUUCUAUUUCUUUCUUUCUUUCUUUAUUUAUUUAUUUAUUUUAUUUCGAGGAUUUCCAUAACGUGCUAUCUUUUGCCUUUUCAUCUCAUUCGUGUUUUCUUUUCUUUUUUUUGUUUCUGUCAUGCUUUGUAUUUCUUUCUUUCUUUCUUUCUUUUUUCCUUUCUUUCUUUCUUUCUUUCUUUCUUUCUUUCUUUCUUUCUUUCUUUAUUUUAUUUCGUAGAUUUCCAUAACGUGCUAUCUUUUGCCUUUUCAUCUCAUUCGUGUUUUCUUUCCUUUUUUUUUGUUUCUGUCAUGCUUUGUAUUUCUUUCUUUCUUUCUUUCCUCUCUUUCUUUCUUUCUUUCUUUCUUUUUUCCUUUCUUUCGUUAUUUAUUUUAUUUCGAGGAUUUCCAUAA